GCCAUGCGAGGCGCCAUUUGCUUCUCCGUGGUAAAAAAAAAAAACAUCCGCCGGAAGCAAAGAAGAAGGAAAAUAAGCAAAGAAGAAGAAGUAGUAAACGUUUAUGGUGCAUUUCUGUCGAUGUUCGGUCCUAAUACAGAAUAACUGGAUUCUAAAGGUAGACACAGACGCGCCAGGAUGGCCACUGGAACGAUGAUGAAAGCUGUCUGUGGACAGCACUUCACCUCCAACUGCUUUGAGAAUGAGGGUCUCAUGAGGGAUCUACAGUCUGUCAUCCAAUGACUACGCUUCCAGCCGAGUGACAUUGAGAACAUGAUUUCCAGAAACCUCUCAACCUGGUACAUCAGCUGCACUCCUUUUCAUCAGAAGGACCUUCAAAGAGUAGUGCUGUACAGCAGAGCUAGGCUGGUCACCUACCUCCCAGGGCUUCAUGUAUUAGUGAGUCGUGUGGCUGGAUCUCGAGCCAUAGCCUUCUCUGCAGCUAAAACCUUGGAAUAUAAUGAGCCCCACAUGGCCACCACUCCAUCUGACACAGGGCUGCAGACAGUUUUUUCAAUUGACCUUCAGGAUUAUCAGUUGCCUGUGAAAGCAGUUGAUGAUUGCUACCUGCGUGAACUAGCAGAAGAGAAGAACACUCUGGCACAGAAUGUUUUCUCUGAUGUGUUGUUGGCCAAGUGCAGCAGUGAGAAGACAACCCAGUUCAGUGGAGACUUCGUUGAAGAAAAUGACCAAGCCUCACCUCAGACUGUCUGUGGAGUGGAACAGUAUUUUGGUGAUUCCAGUGUAGAGUGUGCUACACAGCCCUGUCCUGAACUACUACAGAAAGAUUUCCAGUUCAUGUUUCCUGAUGCUCCUCCAUCUGGUAUGAUGGUAGUUACAGUGACACAAAAAACACAGAAUGAUAUGACAUCAUGGAGUGCUGAAGUGGAGCAGGAGAGAGAGCAAAUGCUGGACAAGUUUGUUGAUGGAGCCAAAGAAAUCUGCUGUGCCUUCCAGAGAGAAGGGUUCUGGGCUGACUUUAUUGACCCAUCCUCUGGCCUGGCGUUCUUCGGUUCAUACACCAACAACAUGCUGUUUGAGACAGAUGAUCGAUACCGUCUCCUCGGCUUCCAGAUUGAAGACUUGGGCUGCUGCAGAGUGAUUAGACACAAACUUUGGGGGACAAGAAUUUUUGUGGGGACGAUAUGCACUAAUGCACCACCCAGCAGCCAUAUCAUGAAGAAGUUGCAGAGAAGCUGAGUUUCUUUUGAAAUUGUUUAAAAAUGUCUUGAUUGUUUGAUAGUACUUAUAAUAAACAAAAUUUUAGAUCA